AUGUGGAAAGACUCCAAGACUAGAUCAGGCAAGAAGGAAAACACAGCUAAUAUUUCUUCAGUCCUGCAAGAGGAAGAUAAAAAUUUGGAGUCGAAAAGUGAUAUAGAAACCAAAAGCACUGUGGGUUCAUCAUCUACCGAAAACAAUAAUAAAGACUCGAAUAUGCUGAAUUCAAAAACAAAUCAGAAGAAAGAUACACAGACAGUACCGACAGGAUCUCCAACUGUAGCGAAGACCAUCAAGGGAUUGUGGUCCGCAGAAGAAGAUAGGAUGCUGUUAAGUCUGAUAGAAGUGUAUGGGGCUUCGCGGUGGGUAGAAAUAUCACACCAACUGAAAACCCGUACUGCUAAACAAUGCCGUGAAAGAUAUCAUCAAAACCUGCGGCCGAAUUUAAACAAAACACCAAUUUCAAGGGAGGAGGGCGAAGCUAUUAAAAGCUUGGUAACAAAACAUGGAUUUCGCUGGACACUGAUAGCUAAGCUGCUGAAUACCAAUAGAAGCGAUAAUUCAAUAAAAAAUUGGUGGAAAACCAAUGUGAAAAAGAGACAACGUAACGUUUUCCGCGAUUCUAAUCCUUCAAGAGGUAUGAUGAAGGAAGCUGAAAUGAUGGCUGGUCCAGAUGUAAAUCAGAAUCAUCGUAGCCAUCACAAUCGUAACCAACAAAAUCCACAUCCAAAUGAUCUUUAUUCAUCAUCAGAUUCUCUUUCUCCAAGAUCAGACAGUUCAUACAUAUCAGAUUCAACCAUUACCCAUAGAAACCAUCCCCAACACUUGGAUCACUACGAGAACAAUAGACACAUUUUGCAUUCCCAUUCAUCAAGUACCCAAUUACUACCGAUGGGAUCCUCAUUUAUUACACCUGUACCAAAGACAUACCAGCAACAAUAUCAAGGACACAAUUAUCAAACUAAUGGUAUUUCAUUGCAGCCUUAUGUUUCUUCGUAUGCCCCAUAUUCAACUGGAUCUCGAGUUCCAAUUAACAUGUACCCAACGUUAAUGAGCGUGCCGAAUACCCACAUUAUCAGAGCUGAUACUAAAGGAAACAGUGUUUCUGUAAACAGUAAUGAGAAUAUCGACCCACAGAAUGCUGAUUCACAACGCCAAAAACAACAGCAUUCUCAAGAUAACCCUGCUUAUAAUGAAAUCACGCCCAUGAACUCAUACAUGGGAUCAAUUCUACAACAUAAUACUAUGCAACCACCACCGUCGCACGGUAUAAUCGCUGGAACUGGUUCAUUACCAAUUCGUCAAGAAGAAGCGGUUCCAUCACAACAUUUGAUAAUACAGCCUUUGAAUAUUCCAACUCAGCAAAAUCCGGUAGCGAUUCAUCAACGCAAUACCUCAGGCGCACAAAAUCAACUUGGUACUGUCGCACUUUUGUCUCCUUAUCGAAACACUUCCUCGGAUAAUAAUGCAACCUAUAUACCCCAGGCGUCGCAGUUACCACCGCUUUCAACCAAAAGCCCGGAAGGUACACCGUUAACACGCCCGAAAGUAUACGAUAAUAACGAAAAUCCAAACUCGACACCACAAGGUAAUAAUAUUGAGACUAGCAUAAAAAAUUCCUCUUCGAAUAAGUUGCCAUCAUUCGAAGAGUUAACUCAAAAAAUGAAAUUGAACAAUCAAAAGUAUAUGGUUUCAGGAGAUAAAAGUAACCAAUAG